CAUUCCAAGCAUCUUGUGCUUCCUGAUGUCAGCGAUACCAAUGGUCGAAUCAAAGGCCUUGGGUGUGAAGGGGAUCGGCUUUCCGAGACGAUUAAUGUCUCCGAUGACGGAUUCAAUUUCGCUUUUUUUCAAUCUCCAGCAAACGGUAUCCUCCUCGACGACGCAGGUUGCGGUGCUGACGUAUUCCCCAUCAGCCUGGACGGCCUUGUCACCGAAGUAAUCUCCGGAACUAGAGAAGAAAAUUUUUCCGGUCUUCUCUGUGAUCAUCAGCUUUCCCUCCUUCACGAUCCACAGAGAAGGAUUGUCACCGACCUUGCCGGCCUCKGCGAGCUUCUGUCCCUUGUUGUACUUGCGAACCUUCAGCAUGGAGACCAGGCGGUCGAAUUCCAGGUCGGUSAGCAUGGAGUUGCUGAAAAUUGGCACCGACUUGACGAAUCUCUUUCGAGAAGCCUUUCCUAGAAUGCUUUCCAGUGAUCCCAUCGUGGACUCAAAGGUGGCACGGUCGCAGGCAAAGACGUCGACAUCGGUCAUGGCAGUCACUGUGGCGGCACGGGGGGCUCCGGUCAUCAGGGCGCGUUCUCCGAACCAGUAUCCCGCCCCAUGGACUUUGUCGUCAAAAGAGGCGUCUCCCAGACCAAUAUCAUGCACCCGCACCUGGCCGCUCUUCACGAUGUAAAAGACAUCGCCUUGUUGUCCCUUUUCGACGAUUCUUUGUCCCUCUUGGUAUUUGACGGUGUUCAACACGUCGGCAAACUUGGUUACCGUUUGGCGAUCGAGGUCCUUAAACAAAUCAAUCUUUGACAAAACUUCGAUKAUGCUGCCCUCGAGUUCCUUGGCGGAUCUSGCCAGCAAGUGSCGGAAGGUAUGCUGGUCGACCUUCCAGAGUUUCGUGUCGUCUGCCGCCAUACACGAUGCUGCUCGGGGCGAAUCGUACAGCAGGGCGAGAUCUCCAAAAGAGCCACCGGCUCCACAAGAUCCGACAGCCUUUCCGUCGCAGAUGAAAUUGACUUUUCCGCUCUGGCAAAUGUAGAAAAAGUCUCCGUCCUCGCCCUGCGUGAUGAUCAUUUUGCCCUCGGRAGCUUUUUCUUCUUGCAUGGCGUCGAUUAGCAUCUYUCGUUCCGCAUCGGAAAGAUCCGAAAAGAUAAAGUUCGAUCCAAGCGCCGCGUCGAGAAAUGCGGCGUCUGCUUCCGAUUURGGGUGGCACGGAGCCGUAAAGUCAUUGUCGAAGUCGAGGACUCGACCCUUAAGGGCUUGACGGUCCUUGUUUUUCGUUCGGGCCUCGGUGUGCAGCUGAAUCUGCUCCUCCCGAGACUUGAUGGCGGCUCUCGACUUCUCCUGUUCUGCUUCCCUCGCCAUUUUUCUUUUGUCUUYGUUCUGAUYGAUUAAAUUUGAGAUGUACUG